CCGGUACUAUGACAGUUAUUGUAGAUUGGUGACUUAUGAAGCAACCAAAACUUACGCAAAUGGCUUUUAUAAAUAUGCAAAAGCCAUGAUAAAGACAGAAGUGGUAACACUCACAGAACCUGUGAGUUAUAUAACCAGUGUAUGCCAAAGUGUGUACUCCACUAGUCCAGUGGAACUACCAACGAUAGAAACGACACUGGCUCCAGAUUCGGUUCCUACUUACACGUGGCUGGCGACAUCCCACACGUACUCUGGUGUAUCAGUUACAGGAACAGUAUCGAUUGUAACUAUUACAGCCUUGCUAAAGAGAGAAGUGGUAACACUCAUAGAACCUGUGAGUUAUAUAACCAGUGAAUACCAAAGUGUGUACUCCACUAGUCCAGUGGAACUACCAACGAUAGAAACGACACUGGCUCCAGAUUCGGUUCCUACUCACACGUGGCUGGCGACAUCCCACACGUACUCAAGUGUAUCAGUUACAGGAACAGUUUCGAUUGUAACUACUACAGUUUUAGGAGCCGCAUUGCAGAACAUUUCUGACAAUAUUAAGCAUAUGGAGCCAACUAAUAUGACUCAGCUGACAAUGUUCUGCAAACAACUACUUGAAUACGUUUUGGACCAUCCCGACCAUGUGUGCUCAGAUCUCAAAGGGAUAGUAAAGAUUGAAAAUCAAAUAACAAGAAAGAUUGAGUCAUUACCAGCUGGUGACCUCGAUUUGAACACAGCGGUUUCAUUGUAUCUUUCCAUCUUGAACCACGUGUACAGUUUCCAAAUGAACAUCGACUGUCGACAACAUAACCAAACGCCCGAGUUACUGGACCUUCAGGAUAAUCUUAUCAGAUUGUCAAAACUUAAUCUGAAACUGCAGAAUGUCAGUAAAACGUUUGAACUCAACAUGACAUCCAUGUCAAUAACGGUAGGAGAUGGAGGAACGUUACAAAAAGAGUAUACAACAGCAUAUGGCAGGGUCAUACUAGAAAACCUCGAGAUCUUGAGACAGAACCUUGCCAGUCAGAAACUGAUGAUUAUGGUUAUAUCGUACAAAGAAAAUCUGUUCUGCCGCUCACAAACUUCUGGUCACAUCAAUAUCUCCGUCAUUACAACACUUGCUUUCGACGAUGACGGAAGAAAACUGUCAGAUGUUAACUUCUUAAUGGGGUUUCCUGUUUCAUCUAAUCUCGACGCUGCCGACAGCUCUUUAAACAUGACAUUCAACGGGACACACUAUAUGGCAGCUUUUCCCGGUGGGUUUUUCAACAGUGCUUCUGCUUUGGUGUCUGCCGACAUCUCGAUGAUGAAAUCCUGUGAGAUCUAUGGCAAAUAUGGAACUACGUCACCGACUUAUAAAGACUUUGAUUUCUAUCUUCAAACGAAUGGAUUGAUUUCAGUAACAAAAUAUCGACCAUACAACUUCUUGUUCUCAUUUAAGGAAGGAAUUGUACAGUUGCCAAUAACCCAAACACCAGUCAUUAUCAUAGCCCAAUGUCAAGUGGGUGAAAAUGCAAAACAAGGAGGCGUUCCAAAUCUGCAAAUACACAAAGUUUUAUCUCAAGUAAUGGAAGGGCAGGCGAGUUGUUGGAAAUCAAGCAAGAACCUUAAGCUGGCUGGGGGGAGAAAAUCCGAGAUUACUUUGAAGUCAUUGUUCUUCGGUACAUUCUCAGCGAGCAUAAAGUUGAUACCACCAGAUGAGAUAGAUUUCCAGGCGGUCUUUCUGAAUUUCUCUGAAAAGCUGAAUGACACACCAUAUGUCUUGGCAACAGUACUAGCAGUACUUAUCGCCCUUGUCAUCGCAACCCCAAUACUGCGUAAACAGGAUUGCAUCGACUAUGCUCUGUGGUCAUAUGAGCGUUUGAUUGAUAACAAAGCCGAUUCGACCUUCGAUUAUUAUAUCUGUGUAUCCACUGGAGUCAGGUCAAAGAGGCAAAUGGAGGCAUUGGUUUAUAUCAAUAUCAUCGGAACCAGAGGCGAGACCGGGGCACGCCUAUUGGCAGGAAACAACAGAAAGAAUUUUAGCAACGGAACCUCGUGUAAUUUCUUUUUGAAAUCAGCUAUUUUCCUUGGAAAUAUUAAAACCGUCAAGAUUUGGCUUGGAGGAAAUAUCAAAUGGCAAUCAUGGUACUUGAGCAAAAUCAUCAUAAUAGACGGAAAGACGAGAAAUGCGAUUCAGCUGAAAUGCAACAAAUGGCUGUCACUUGAAAAAGGCACAGGUCGGCCCUGGCGAACAUUACGAGCCGGAAAGCAAACUGACAAAGCGAGCAGCCUUUCAGAAGUCAGUACACGGAAUUUAUUUGAUGAUCAUCUGUGGUUUUCACUGCUAUUCCGUCCAAGGUACAGCAGAUUUACCAGGGUACAGAGGCUGUGGAGCAUAGUAUCACUACUGUUCCUUUCAAUGGUUGCCUCAGCGAUGUUUUAUGAUACACCAGACGAUACGCUUCCUUUUUUAAACGUGGGAAACUUCGAACUUGGGUACAAGGAAAUAUACACUGGGUUGAUGUCCAGUAUCAUAACGGUUGUGCCAUCUUUGAUUAUAACCUUCGCGUUCAGCAAAAGAAAAGUUCUUGGGGAGAAACCUUUGAGCAUCUCAUAUAACGGUGACACUGUUGGUUCCUCUGGAAGUCUACCCUGGUGGUCAAUAUUCCUAGCAUACACAUUACUGUUGCUAUGCAUCAUUUCUGGUUCAUUUUUUAGACUUUUGUACUCAUUGGAAUGGGGACCUUCCCUCACUGUGAAAUGGAUGUCUUCGUUUUUUCUUGGAUCAACACAAAGUGCCAUCAUAAUCGACCCUGCAAAGGCAAUCAUACUCGCAAUCCUUCUAGUUUGUCUCUGUUCAGAGAAGAACAAUCGAAGUGAUUUUUACCUUCCGCCGACCUCUGUAGUAGACAAACAACAAGAGUUCGCCGGUCAAGGACACUGUAACAGACGAGUAGCAGACUGUCCGUGUGAUGAACCAGAAACCAGAGCCCAGAAAAAGCGUCGUUACACGCUACACAUGGAUCGGAAACUAAACAAAUUACUGAGGAGAUUCGUGUUUGGGGUUUUAUAUGCUUGCAUGGUUUUGCUCAUUGGUACACAGCAGAAAGUUUCCGAAGUGUAUGGGCAAAACAAGCACUUGAAAAACGUUUUGAAACCUACACAAGAGGUGGAAAAAAUGGAAGAUGUCUGGCAAUACCUGAACAAAGUAGUAUUGCAACGUUUGUACCCUUCGGAGUUUUCCAGUGGUGAAAUAAAAUCAUUGAAUGAGCUGAGAUUUAUUGGAGACUGCUAUAAAAUGGGGCCCAUACGCCUUCGCCAAAUUCGAGUAACGGGCACUUGUACCACUCCAUCAUUGAUGAAGAAACACGGGAUAGUUUGUAUUCCUGACUACGAUACGGAUACCGAAGACACUAAUGACUACACCGAAGGUUGGAUCACAGCGAAUAUGUCUGCUUCAUUGAAUGACUACAAAGCUUCGUAUCGAUACCAUCACAACCUCAAAGAAACGCCCACUUACACUGGACAUUUCGGAACAUAUGGUGUCGGUGGCUAUUUCGUUGAUUUGGAUGUUUUGCCCACUAAGGCCAACGAUAUUGUAAAUAGAUUGCGAAGGAAUGUUUGGCUUGAUGAACGAACACGUGCCUUUUUCAUUGAAGCAUGCCUCGUUAACAGAAACAACAUGAUUUUUACUCAUAUUCAAGUCGUAUUCGAAUUCCCAAGCACAGGUGGAAUAUUCACAGACACAACCGUUGUUUCAUCCAAUCUCUAUCCGUACACACACACGUUUGACUACAUUAUUCUGUUCCUUCAGAUAUUGUUUUCAUUUAUCAUCUUGGUGCGGUUCGUGUUGGUGGUUGCAAAGAUUAUAAAAACACAAGGUCACUCCCUUUUAACAGUGAGUCAAGCCAUCGAAAUUGUUCAUCUAGGAGUCUCCGUGGCUGCUGUCGUUUGCCUUGUCCUCAGAUUCACCAGCACAAUAGCCGUUCUUAACACUCUCCGACAGGAAAUGGGUUUCUACACAUCCUUUGGGUAUGUCUUUCAAUGGGAUGGAUAUUUCUCUUUAUCCUUGGGUAUGGUUACGUUCCUUGCUAUCCUGGACCUGCUAAAACAUCUGCAAUUUAAUUACCAGAUCUUCUUGGCGUACAAGACAAUCACAGCGUUUCGAAGAGAGCUUUUUCAUUUUACAAUAGCCCUAUCAGUUCUUAUUGUUGGUUUCGCAUCUUUGAUUACUCUGAUAUAUGGUCCCACGGAAAAGGGUUUCAGAAGCAUUAUAUCCGCAAUACUGACUCUGUUUCGUACGACAAUCGGAAUGAUCAAAUUCCGCAAUGACAUAGAUGUGCCAGCACUAGAUAUAUUUGUCAUGUUUGCAAUAUACGCCUUAGUCGCUACGCUUGCAUUUGUUAAUCUUUUAACAAGUUCACUGAAUGCUCACAUCACACACAUCAAGCAGUUGAUUAGAGACGGGAAGACACCGUUCGACUGGAAUCUCAGUCGACACUUCUGGAAUCGUCUGACAGGUUUAUUCACCGUAUGUGGUGUUGCAAGACGACGCAAUAGCAGAAAGAAAGAUCAUCUACACGAUAUUGACCACCUACACCAGAAGAGCGAGAUUAAGUUCGACCAAUUCCUGUCAACCGUAAUGCUAUUGCUCCGAGACGACGACAAUGAAAGGAUGGAAAAAGAAAACCUGUGUCGUAUAUUGGUAAACCUGAGACGUGGAUGUCGACGUAGGGCUACACCAAAUGGAAUUCAAUAUAGAUAUUCUAACGACUGGUCUGAGGCAGAUGACAUGUUAGUGGUUGAGUUCCUAGCUGAAGUGGUGAGCUGUAGAAUUGAUGUGGACUGCUACACGAUAUCUGAGGCCGAUAAUCAGGGAUUGAUUCCAUACGGAAAUUAUACUGACCCACUCAGUAUGUUCUUCAGCAUCAACUUUCCUAACAGACAACAUGCACGUGCAUUGUCUCCGUGCUAUGUAACUAUCAAAGUGCCAUCCAGCCACCUGUUUCGCCGACCGACAUUCCUCAUCACACAUAGUACUAGUGGUAACUCUGGUGAUUGGCGACAACAUACCGCCCAACAGGCCAUGGCAUGGAAAGGGGAGGUGUAUCUAUCCGCUUCCAUUCCUUAUUGUCCACGGUACAUUCUGGCUGUAGCAUCCGUCCUUUGGCCUGGUAUUGCACCUGCCAUCCAACAAAACAAUGCUUUUGAACAUGUUCUUUCUAAAACCGAAGAUGUAUUUUAUCUCCCGGGGUUGCUCAAGAAAAUAGUACUCAUGUUUCCGGAGGAGUCUGUCUCAGUGAACACCGUCAUCCAGAUAUUGUUGGAACCGGGAGAUAAGUUUCCUAUAUUACACGUAUUGGCCAGGGGUGACGUAUCGGGACCAAUCACAGUGCAGUAUAUUGGGAAGAAAGUAUUCAUUCAACCGCCAGCAGAUCAGAAACCGGAAAUCAAGAUUUUGACAAAGCAAGGGGAUCUGGACUGGAAAGAAGGAGUCGCCGGUAAAAGAAUGUCCGACAAAGACUUAAGCGUCCAGAUCGAUUGUCUACCGAAAGGUGUGAAAACAUCAAUCGCACCGUAUGAAUCAAAUUACGCACUUUCGUUCAGAGGGAGAAACCGGCGUCUUGAUCACGAGAAGGAAACGCUUUUGGGGAUAUACCAGAAGAGGAUUCGAUCAAAAUAUUGGCGAAUGAUUGGACGAUCUCUCGGAUUUACACAAGAUGUUCUGUCAGAAAUAGAACGCAGGAAACCAAGAUCACUCGAGGAAAAGGCUUGUAUCGUCUUAGGACGAUGGCUGAAGAGAAAUACAGAGAAGAGUCUGUUCCAGAUACGGGAUACAUGGAUGUGACUGUGUGUAGGACAUUCUCGAUCAUAGUAUCGAUCGGUUUAAACUAACCAUGCUACUUGUUAUAUGUCGUACAUGCUAGAUUGUACAUGCUUAUAGUAUAAAUAAUAUUUUUAUAUAUUUUGAUUUUGCCGUUUAUAGUGAUAUAUCUGACUAAAGAUUAACUGGACCUUUGUAGCUUCAUGUAGAAUUAAACUAUGACAUACAUACACUAAUUGUAUAUCGUACAUUUUCAUUGCCAUGGAGAUUUAUGUAUAUGUGGACAGCUGUAUUGGAUUGGUGAGCAUCCUUUCAUAUACUCAUGCUACAUUCAUUUCACAUCUUUUUUUUAUCUUACCAGGAAUGAAUUGUGUUAUUCAUCGCGGUGGCAUGGUUUGCAGUUCCGAAACACUAAUGAUGUUUUUUGAAAGGCUAUUAUCAGUCGGAUCAGUAGAAUCACCAUACUUUUUACCGAAAGCGUCUUGCUAAUGAGUUUAAGACAUGUUCAAUUAAUCAAUGAAUAAUAGCACAUGACAAUUUCUGAGCAACAUAUAUUUAGCUUAAACCAGUUCCGAAGAAGUAGUCUUAUCGAUGAGUAAUGUCUAUGCACGAUAGACGGUUAAAAGAGGUAAAACUAUAGCAAAAAAUCAAAGUUAGUGUUGCACAGAGCAAGCGCGGAACCAUUAUCUGCAAUUGUUAGUAAAGUUCAAUCAUACAUGUGGGAUAUAAGCAAAACGCAGGAUCUGCGCAUUUUCCAAGAGUCCUUUCGCUACAAUAUUGUAAAGUUAUUGUAUUUGUUGCUGCAGCACAACUUUCUGAUGCGUAUCACUUGUGUGUUACACGUAACUUAUAUCUAAUAUUUAACUCAUCUAAUACAAUUUUGUGUAAUCAUUGCAAGUUCUAGCUGACUACAGUAUUUAGUAGAUAAUUAUAAACAUAGCUGUGUAGUAGGUGUACGUUAAAGUGCUUCGUCAGAAUAAACAUAUAAAGGUAUCAUUUUAGUAUUUAAUCAUCAAACCCUUAUUUGAAUACCCAUCCUUGUAUGAAGAAGCGAAAUCAAAGAUUCCGUUAUUACAAAAUAUUUGAUCAUGACUAGGAUACAAAAAAAAGUUUUGUUUUUUAAAUGUCUGUGAUAAAUCUCAUUAUCAUUCAUGACAUAAAAUUGAUUUUCUUUUUUCUCGGGCGAACCUAAAAAGAAUACGUUCAACGCUGUGCAAGUUGAUAGGUAUUGAAUUUAUUUUAAUUUUUAAGCAUGUUGGAAUUUACCCCAGAUAUUUUUCCAACUUGCCACUUCAAAUAUGCUAUUUUUGGAUGAAAUUCUUUCAGUUAUGAGUUAUAUCAACAUAUAUUUCAAAAACGUAUAUCAAUUAGUUUUCUGUUGAAUCUUUUGCCAUUAGACACACAAAAAUAGAUAUGAUGUUUCAAUACAAACCGACUGU